AUGGAAACAAGACUGAAGCACCAAGUAAUGUCACCAUCAAAUGUUGAGGGAAACAAGAAGAAACUGAUUUCUUUAGGUCUUGGUGACCCCACUGUUUAUUCUUGUUUUCGUACCGAUCUUGCUGCGAAAGAAGCCGUCUCGAAUGCCCUUCUCUCCGGCAAAUUCAACGGAUACUAUCCCCCCGGUGGGCUUCCUGAAACCAGAAAGGCGAUUGCGGAGUAUUUGUCCGCUGAUCUUCCGUACGAACUGUCACCUGAUGAUGUUUUUGUAGCAUCUGGAUGUACCCAAGCUAUCGAUAUGGUGAUAUCUGUCUUGGCUCGCCCUGGGGCUAAUGUGCUACUACCGCGACCCGGUUUCCCGAGUUAUGGAAUCUUUUCCAGUUUCAGAAACAUUGAGGCUCGUUAUUAUGAUCUCCUGCCCGAUAACGGGUGGGAGGUUAAUCUUGAGACUGUUAAAACUCUUGCAGACCAGAAUACCAUCGCAGUGGUGGUUAUCAACCCUGGAAAUCCCUGUGGAAACGCUUACACACGCCAGCAUUUGGAGGAGAUUGCAGAAACUGUUGGAAGGCUUGGGAUCCCGAUCAUUGCUGAUGAAGUUUAUGGGCACUUAGCUUUUGGUGCUAAUCCAUUUGUUCCAAUGGGUGUAUUUGGAUCCAAAGUACAAGUUUUCACAUUGGGUUCUUUGUCGAAAAGAUGGUUAGUUCCUGGAUGGUGCCUCGGGUGGCUCGUGAUGAACGAUCCCUCUGGAGAAUUCAGAAACCCGAAGCUCAUCGAGCGUGUCAAUAAGUAUUGUACUAUUUCGGGAGGUCCAGCAUCUUUCAUCCAGGCGGCUGUUCCUCAAAUUAUGCGGGGAACCAAUACGGAUUUCUUCGCCAACACCAUUAACAUUGUUAGGCGGACUGAAAACCUGUGUUAUGAAAAGCUAGAGGAACUCCCUUCCUUUAGUUACUCAUGUAAAGCUGAAGGAUCUAUGGUCUUAAUGGCAAAGCUUAAUCUAUCAGUUUUGGAAGACAUCGGUGACGACAUAGAGUUCUGUCUUAAGCUGGCUAAAGAAGAGUCUCUCAUCAUUCUUCCAGGAAUAGCUGUGGGGCUGAAGAAUUGGAUCAGAGUGACUUUCGCUGCAGAUCCAGAAUCCAUUGAAGAAGCACUUGGAAGGUUGACGGAUUUUUCCCAGAGACACAUCAAGCAAGCAACAACACAAUCCUCUAAAAUAAUGUAUCCAACCGAACUUCAACGUGUGAAAGAAGAGAAUGAUCGCCUCCUUGGUCGUUGA